AUGGAUGAAUUGUGUUAUAGAGAUGGAGAGGAAUAUGAAUGGAAAGAAACUGCCAGAUGGCUGAAAUUUGAAGAGGAUGUUGAAGAUGGUGGUGACCGAUGGAGUAAACCUUAUGUGGCAACUCUCUCUUUGCACAGUCUUUUUGAACUAAGGAGCUGCAUCCUAAAUGGAACAGUCAUGCUGGAUAUGAGAGCAAGCACUCUAGAUGAAAUAGCAGAUAUGGUAUUAGACAACAUGAUAGCCUCUGGCCAAUUAGAUGAGACCAUACGAGAGAAUGUCAGAGAAGCUCUUCUGAAGAGACAUCAUCAUCAGAACGAGAAAAGAUUCACCAGUCGGAUUCCCCUUGUCCGAUCUUUUGCAGAUAUAGGCAAGAAACAUUCUGACCCUCACUUGCUUGAAAGGAAUGGGGAAGGCCUUUCAGCCUCCCGCCACUCUUUGCGAACAGGUCUGUCUGCCUCAAACCUUUCAUUGAGAGGAGAAUCGCCUUUAUCUCUUCUUCUCAGUCAUCUUCUUCCUUCUUCAAGAGCUGGAACCCCUGCAGUCUCAAGGUGUACAACCCCAGUACCCACCCCUCAGAACAGUCCUCCUUCCAGCCCUAGCAGCAGUCGCCUCACCUCCAGAAGUUCCCAACAGAGUCAGCUUCAGGCCCCAGAACUCCUGGUUUCACCUGCCAGUCAUGGUAUUCCCACAGUAGUAAUUCAUCCGCCUGAGGAAGACUUAGAAGGCCAGGAGCAGAAGAAUGAGGAAAAUGUUGACUUAACUCCAGGUAUUUUGGCCUCUCCACAGUCUGCUCCUGGAAACUUGGACAAUAAUAAAAGUGGAGAAAUUAAAGGUAAUGGAAGUGGAGGAAGCAGAGAAAAUAGUACUGUUGAUUUCAGCAAGGUUGACAUGAAUUUCAUGAGAAAAAUUCCUACGGGAGCUGAGGCAUCGAAUGUGCUGGUGGGAGAAGUAGACUUUUUGGAAAGACCUAUAAUUGCGUUUGUGAGACUGGCUCCUGCUGUCCUCCUUUCAGGGUUGACUGAAGUCCCUGUUCCUACGAGGUUUUUGUUUCUCUUAUUGGGUCCAGCCGGCAAGGCACCACAGUACCAUGAAAUUGGAAGAUCAAUAGCCACUCUCAUGACAGAUGAGAUUUUUCAUGAUGUAGCCUAUAAAGCAAAAGACAGAAAUGACCUCUUAUCUGGAAUUGAUGAAUUUUUAGAUCAAGUAACUGUCCUACCUCCAGGAGAGUGGGAUCCUUCUAUACGCAUAGAGCCACCAAAAAGUGUACCUUCUCAGGAAAAGAGGAAGAUUCCUGUGUUUCACAAUGGAUCUGCCCCCACAUUGGGUGAGACUCCUAAAGAGGCUGCUCAUCAUGCUGGGCCUGAGCUACAGAGGACCGGACGGCUUUUUGGUGGUUUGAUACUUGACAUCAAAAGGAAAGCACCUUUUUUCUUGAGUGACUUCAAGGAUGCAUUAAGCCUGCAGUGCCUGGCCUCGAUUCUUUUCCUAUACUGUGCCUGUAUGUCUCCUGUAAUCACUUUUGGAGGGCUGCUUGGAGAAGCUACAGAAGGCAGAAUAAGUGCAAUAGAGUCUCUCUUUGGAGCAUCACUAACUGGGAUUGCCUAUUCAUUGUUUGCUGGGCAACCUCUAACAAUAUUGGGGAGCACAGGCCCAGUUCUAGUGUUUGAAAAAAUUUUAUUUAAAUUCUGCAGAGAUUAUCACCUUUCCUAUCUAUCUUUAAGAACCAGCAUUGGUCUGUGGACUUCUUUCUUGUGCAUUGUUUUGGUUGCAACUGAUGCAAGCAGCCUUGUAUGUUAUAUUACUCGAUUUACAGAGGAGGCUUUUGCAGCUCUCAUUUGUAUCAUAUUCAUCUACGAAGCUUUGGAGAAGCUCUUUCAUUUAGGAGAAAUAUAUGCAUUUAAUAUGCACAACAACUUAGAUGAACUGACCAGCUACUCAUGUUUAUGUAUUGAACCUCCUAACCCUAACAAUGAAACUCUAGAGCUAUGGGAGAAGCAGAAUAUAACAGCACAUGAUAUUUCCUGGGGAAAUCUCACUGUUUCUGAAUGUAAAGCCUUUCAUGGUGUAUUUGUAGGAUCAGCUUGUAGUCUUCAUGGACCUUAUAUUCCAGAUGUGCUCUUUUGGUGUGUCAUCUUAUUUUUCACAACAUUUUUUCUGUCUUCAUUCCUUAAGCAAUUUAAGACCAAGCGUUAUUUUCCUACCAAGGUGCGAUCGACAAUCAGUGAUUUUGCUGUAUUUUUCACAAUAGUAAUAAUGGUUGUAAUUGACUACCUUGUGGGAGUUCCAUCUCCUAAACUUCAUGUUCCUGAAAAAUUUGAGCCUACUGAUCCAAAUAGGGGUUGGAUCAUAAGCCCAUUGGGAGAUAAUCCUUGGUGGACCUUAUUAAUUGCUGCUAUUCCAGCUCUGCUUUGUACCAUUCUCAUCUUCAUGGAUCAACAAAUUACAGCUGUAAUUAUAAACAGAAAGGAACACAAAUUGAAGAAAGGAGCUGGCUAUCAUCUUGAUUUGCUCAUGGUUGGUGUAAUGUUGGGAGUUUGCUCUGUCAUGGGACUUCCAUGGUUUGUGGCUGCAACAGUGUUGUCAAUAAGUCAUGUCAACAGCUUAAAAGUUGAAUCUGAAUGUUCUGCUCCAGGGGAACAACCCAAGUUUUUGGGAAUUCGUGAACAGCGGGUUACAGGGCUAAUGAUUUUUAUUCUAAUGGGCCUCUCUGUGUUCAUGACUUCAGUACUAAAGUUUAUUCCAAUGCCAGUUCUGUAUGGUGUUUUCCUUUAUAUGGGAGUUUCCUCAUUAAAAGGAAUUCAGUUUUUUGACCGUAUAAAAUUAUUUGGAAUGCCUGCUAAGCAUCAGCCUGAUCUGAUAUACCUCCGUUAUGUGCCUCUCUGGAAGGUCCAUAUUUUCACAGUCAUUCAGCUUACUUGUUUGGUUCUUUUGUGGGUGAUAAAAGCUUCAGCUGCUGCAGUAGUUUUUCCAAUGAUGGUUCUUGCAUUAGUCUUUGUACGCAAGCUCAUGGACCUGUGUUUUACAAAGAGAGAACUUAGUUGGCUUGAUGAUCUCAUGCCAGAAAGUAAGAAAAAGAAGGAAGAUGACAAAAAGAAAAAAGAGAAAGAGGAAGCAGAACGAAUGCUUCAAGAUGAUGAUGAUACUGUGCAUCUUCCAUUUGAAGGGGGAAGUCUCUUGCAAAUUCCAGUUAAGGCCCUAAAAUAUAGUGUUGAUCCCUCAGUUGUUAACAUAUCAGAUGAAAUGGCCAAAACUGCACAGUGGAAGGCACUUUCCAUGAAUACUGAGAAUGCCAAAGUAACCAGAUCUAACAUGAGCCCUGAAAAACCUAUGAGUGUGAAAAUAGAUAUUGAAGAUGAACCAGCAAAGAAAUACAUGGAUGCUGAAACUUCAUUAUAGAAUCAAACCAAGAGGAAUUAUAUGUAGAGAGAGAUAUAUAUAUAUAAAGUGUGUGUGUCAUGUCACUAUAUAUAUGUCAUGCUAUUUGUGCAUGACUACUAGGUUUUUUUUUAAGUAGUAUCUAAAGUUUGUUAUGAGCACCAUGGAGACUGUAUAUAAUCAAAUGGUCUCUUAGAAGUGAGGUACAUGGUUCUUACUAUUCAAAUAUUUAUUCUGUUAGAAAAAACUUUUCUUGUACUGCAAUAGACACGUGGGGAAUGCAUUCAAUCUACUUUUCUUAAAUCUCUGUUCAUUAAUGGCAGUUCAUACCAACCUUAAGUGAUAUGUACUUUAUCCAUAUAUUUACAAUUUUUACUGGAGUUUCUAAAAAUUUUCACAUAGUAUUUCACUUUUGUUAGUGCUUUAAGGGAAGAACAGGGAGUCUUUAUGCCAGUGCUGUGGAGAGUAUGGUAACAUGUCCUGGCUUCUCUGAGUGUGUGUUUCUUUUAUGUACAUGUCCAUCUUGUUUCACAAAUGGUGCCAUUUUCUUGGCCACAGAGGUGAAUGUAGAACAAUGGAAACUUUCUAGAUAAGAGCUAUAGUUUUUAACCUUUAUGUUUUAGAAAAUGUUUUAAAUCUUAAAACCAUCACAUCUCAUUUUCCAUUCUGACAGACAAGUAAAAUUGCAGGUGAUUUCAUAACUUAGCACCCAUCCUAGUCAAAACUAUGAAUUUUAGAAGCUAUACAAUACCAGUUUGCAAUGGUUAAAUUUUGUUGUCUUUGUAGAAAUUUUUUUCUGAAUCCUUAUGGUUUUUUAGAGUCCAUAAGUCCUGUUCUCUGCCUUUGCUGUUUUUUACUUAAAAUAGUUUAGUUUGUAUCAGGUUCAAGUUCUUGAUUAUUUUUCUGUUCUUAGUAUGAUUAAAUAAUCAGGAGUCAGAAUUCUCUCAGAUGGGUUUAUGAUCAGUAUUACUUUAUAAAGAAUUACCUUUCAUUUUCUGUUUGUUAUUCUUUCUGUUGUAUAGAUUAUAUUUAAUACAUUGUUAUCCACGAUUUCAUUUUAAACUAUUUUAUUUAUUUGAAUUGGUAUGAUGCUUAAAUAUUAUAUAAACAUUUAAAAAGGUAACACAUAGAGUAAAUUGUUAAUGUAAAUAGUUGGUGCUUGCUUGCAUUUAUGUUUAUUGUUUGAAAGAGGUUGAUGGAUUUUACACCUUUGAUAUAAAGCACUGCCGUAUUUGUAUUUUAAAAGCAAAUUAGACAUUUUAUGUAUAUCUCAGAUUGAUGGCAUUCUUCCUAUUUUGUGUAUUUGUUAUUUAGUUUUUGCUUUUCUGAGCUUUUUAACUUCUAGCACAUCUUUUUAGUCAUUUUUUACAUACUCAACUCCACAUGAAAUAAAUAAAUGUUGUUCUUGUUAAGCCUGUAGGACUGGAUGGAUGGGGUUGUGAAACUGAUUUGGCAAGAGAAUAAUUUACAAAAACCAAAUGAGUAUUGAGAAGCCACAGAAAUAUUGAAAAUGGUGACAUGAAUGAAAAUUUUAAUGAAAUUCCAAUGUUCCCUUAAAUCAUUUAUAAUUAAGGUACAAAAAUAUGAAGAAUUAAUCUUAUAGAGGAUCAUGAGGAAUGCCAAAAGCUGAUAUUUUUAGCAGUUCUGAAGUGUUUUUAAUACAUUCUAAACUACUUAUUUACUAAUGUCAUUUCCCCAUCUGAGACCAUAUUGUCAGAUUCUGUUUAAAAUAAUGGAUUCAACUUCUUCCUCAGAUGGGAGGUUGGAAAUAUAACUGCUUUUCUUUAGAGAAUAUAUGCUGGCAUCAUUUGGUACUGCCUAAAAGAGUUAGACUCUUUUGGCAACUGAUAAGAGAGUAUUAUCACGGUGCUUGUUAUUGUUUAAGAACUUCCUUUGAAGUGAUUCCUUUUUAUUCAUAGCAGCAUAAUCAUUUCCAAAGACCCAGUAUUUGCUGCUAUUUUUUAAACUCCCAUGAUGUACCUGAACAAGAGGAUUUCCUCACAUCAUUUCCUUGUGUCUGGACAUCAAAGGGUUCACAACUGUACUUGUUUCACAGGAAGUGAUUUUAAAAUUUAAACUGAAAACUAACUGGGAUCAUAGUAUUUUUGUGAUUUUAUUUAAUUAUGUAUAGUAAUUAUCCAGUGCCAGAAAAACCAUGACUUGUAAAAUACUUUGCAUUCAAAAUGUUUUUACUGUGUUUCUCAUUGUUAAUGAUUUCUGCUUUCUUUUGACUACUUGUCUUACAAAAUGAUCUGAUAUGACUAUUCCAUUGAAGAGCAAAGGUAACUCAUGUUAAGUAAUUAGCUGCUUAUUUUAAGUAGUUAUGAUAUUUAUUCCACUAUUUUUGAAAAAUAACAAUCAUGGAUAGCAUUCAUUGCAAGACAGUGAAAGAAAAAAUUUAAUACAUGUAUUGAUUUUAAAAUGUUGCCUUAAAUAGAUGUGUAUGAGCAGUAGUAAUUGCUAUGCACUCAUUUACCUCAUGGUGCAAAACAAUUAAACCUGUACAUAUCCCAUUUACAAAAUAAAUUCAAAUAAACGGCC